AUGACUCCGCAAGAGCAACGAUCCAACGCUGCGAUGGCGAUCAAAGGUUGCAGAACAGAGGAAGGGAAGCUAGUACAAAAUAGACGCGAGAUGCAAAAAAUCAAGGGGUCUCUAUAUGAAGGUGUUGUGACGUCUCCGGAAAUGUAUGUCACUGAGCUUGAUCACGUUGUUGUUAUGGGUACAGUGAAAAUAUUCAUCGCUCUGAAUGUUCCCGAACCGCACACCUUCAUUACGAGGAAGCAUGAUUGUCUCGCUCGCUUCAUUCACACCGUCAUGCCCCUUGCAAACGUGGUUUCCGUGUCAAUCACAAAACCUCUACCUGAUCUCGACAAGGAAUCUGAAAUUGAGCUUCAGGCGGGGCUUACCUCAGGGCAGUUCACGAGUGUCGACCUGAUCAAGGCGUAUUUCUCCCGCAUCGAAGAGGUCAAUCUACAGGUGCCGAUGCUCCGCGCUGUGACAAAUCUGUCUGCGCUCCAAAAGGCUGCUAUUCUGGAUUAUGAGAAGCUCACCUACGUGCCACGUAGUGCGCUCCAUGGGAUCCCUGUUCUUGUGAAGGAUAAUGUUGCGACUGUGGCAUUUGAAGGUGUGUUUGAUAGUGUAGAGUGGAAAGCCGAAAGUUAUAGCAAUGCAUGA